AUGGGGCCAAAGGUUUGUGGCCCGCUGACCCCUGCUUCAGCCCAGCCCUGGUCCCAGUCUGGAAGCUUCAGUGUUGACCAUGUUCCAGCUCCUCACCCUUCCAAAUGUGUGUUGGCCACACCAGCAGCUGACAGACCAACGCCAUCAGCCCCUCCCCAGAGUGCCCAGUUAUCCCACUGCCUCAUGCCUGGUGAGGAGAAGAUAAAGGAGGGGAGAUGCCAUUUCCAGACGUUUCAGCAUUACCCAGUGGACAAGCACUGUAGUCAGUCCCCAGGUAUUGCUAAACACAAGGGUCACCAUGGAGACACUGGUCAAUGUCUGACAGUCCUGCUCUUUCCUGGAGUGGCCACGACCUGCGGGACGGAGGGAGCUCCCUGUAGACACACGCUGCACGAGAGCGGCCUCGAGUCUUUCCUGCCUUCGAAGUCUCAGCAGCUUUUGUCCCCAAGCCCAGAGGACAGGGGUGGCCCUGACUCAGGCGCCCUCUUCCGGGGGGGCCUGUCCCUGAGUGCUGGGGACGCGGACUUGCAAGUGCGGCAGGACGUCCGGAACAGGACCCUGCGGGCGGUGUGCGGACAGCCGGGCAUGCCCCAGGACCCCUGGGACUUGCCGGUGGGGCAGCGGCGCACCCUGCUGCGCCACAUCCUCGUAAGUGACCGUUACCGCUUCCUCUACUGCUACGUCCCCAAGGUGGCCUGCUCUAACUGGAAGCGGGUGCUAAAGGUGCUGGCGGGUGUCCUGGACAGCGUGGACGUCCGCCUCAAGAUGGACCACCGCAGUGACCUGGUGUUCCUGGCAGACCUGCGGCCUGAGGAGAUUCGCUACCGCCUGCAGCACUACUUUAAGUUCCUGUUUGUGCGGGACCCCUUGGAACGCCUCCUCUCUGCCUACCGCAACAAAUUUGGCGAGAUCCGAGAGUACCAGCAACGCUACGGGGCUGAGAUAGUGAGGCGGUACAGGGCUGGGGCGGGGCCCAGCCCCGCAGGCGACGAUGUCACAUUCCCUGAGUUCCUGAGAUACCUGGUGGACGAAGACCCUGAACGCAUGAAUGAGCAUUGGAUGCCCGUGUACCACCUGUGCCAGCCUUGUGCCGUGCACUAUGACUUUGUGGGCUCCUAUGAGAGGUUGGAGGCUGAUGCCAAUCAGGUGCUGGAGUGGGUACGGGCACCACCCCACGUCCAAUUUCCAGCUCGCCAGGCCUGGUACCGGCCAGCCAGCCCCGAAAGCCUGCAUUACCACUUGUGCAGUGCCCCCCGGGCCCUGCUGCAGGAUGUGCUGCCUAAGUAUAUCCUGGACUUCUCCCUCUUUGCCUACCCACUGCCUAAUGUCACCAAGGAGGCGUGUCAGCAGUGACCAUAGGGUGUGGGGCCAGCAGCUGGUGGGGACUGGUUUCAACGCCAGCUUCCUGUGCGUCUGCCUGUCAUUCGGAGAAACCCUGGCUCUGGGGCUUGGGGCUUCUCAGGAUGCCUGAAUGGCAGAGACUGCCCUCAGAUGUUCCUUGUCCAGGGUGGGUGCCCACAGUGACUCAGAGGACAGGGCUAGGCAGGAGACUUGCUGCUUCUCAUUGGGGGGGUCUCUUGGGGGACAGACACCAGUUUGCCAGUGAAGCAACAUACCUGAUCUAAAGACUGGCUCCAGAUCCCAGGCUGCCGGGAUUACGCAGUCCACUUGGUCUACCUUAAUUUAACCUGUGGCCAAACUCAGAGAUGGUACCAGCCAGGGGCAAGCAUGACCAGAGCCAGGGGACCCUGUGGCUCUGAUCCCCCAUUUUAUUCAACCCAUGUGCCUCAGGACUGGAGUGAGUAAUCAUACCUUAUAAAUGACUUUUGUGCCUUUCUGCUCCAGACUCAACAUUUCCUGCACCUGCCAGUUCUUUCCAUUUUUCCAAGGAAAGGAAAACGGAAGCAGGGUCCUUGCCUGGUAGCUCCAGGACCCAGCUCUGCAGGCACCCAAAGACCCCCUGUGCCCAGCCUCUUCCUUGAGUUCUAGGAACCUCCUCCCUAAUUCUCCCUUCCUUCCCUACAAGGCCUUUGAGGUUGUGACUGUGGCUGGUAUAUCUGGCUGCCAUUUUUCUGAUGCAUUUAUUUAAAAUUUGUACUUUUUGAUAGAACCCUUGUAAGGGCUUUGUUUUCCUAAUAGCUGACUUUUUAAUAAAGCAGUUUUAUAUAUAA